AUGGAAGAAGACGCCAGUAAUUUGGUAGCUACGUUUUGUUCUAUAACAAACUCAACUCCAGAAAAAGCCCAGGAAUACCUUGGAGUUGCUGAUGGAGACUUGUCCACAGCGGUAACACUUUUCUUUGAAAGUGGAGGCGUAACUGGUGAAUAUGGUAGCGGGAGCUCCAACACUGCUCAGUCUGCUCCGCCUGAACAGACUGAAGAAGUCCGUGCUCCCAUUGCUCCUACGAGAGAGGUACUAGUCGAUCCAAUGGCAGAUGCUACAUCAGGGCUAGGAUUUGUAGGUAAUGAUUUCGGAUUAGGAUCAGGUUUACCUAGAAUGAACCGUAGACAAAGAAGAAGGGUUGGCAUUUUUGAUCAAUCUCCUUCAGAGAUGCCUGUCGCAUCGUCUGUUGAUACUUCUUCAGAAGAAUCAGAGAGCAAUAGUCGUGCUUCUCGCCUUGCAAAACUUUUCCGUCCUCCUUACGACAUAAUAUCCCAUCUUACAUUAGAUGAAGCUAAAAUGAAAGCCACCUACGAAAAACGAUGGAUUCUUAUCAAUUUGCAAACUUCCUCUUCUUUUGAAUGCCAAGUCUUAAACCGUGAUUUAUGGAAGAGUGAAUCUGUAAAAGAAGUUAUUCGUGCACAUUUUCUAUUUUUACAAUUGUUGGAUGACGAGGAACCGGGUAUGGAAUUCAAGCGUUUUUACCCUGUGUCAUCCACACCCCACGUUGCCAUCUUAGAUCCUCGCACCGGUGAACGUGUUAAACAAUGGAAUAGCGGAAUUACCGCUACUGACUUUGUAAUUGAAUUGAAUGACUUUUUGGAACGCUGUACCUUGGAUGAAACCAAAGGCAGGAAGAAUCCUCUCGGUCCCAGAUCGCAAAAACCAGCUGAAGCAAUGACCGAGGAAGAACAAAUGUCAAAAGCUAUUGCUGCUUCUUUGGGUGCUGACCGAGGAAAAGAUGAAGGUACUGGUGAAUCAUCUCAGCCUAUUCAAGCCGAUGAGGAAGAAGCGCAGGACAACACGAUUCAUAAAAUUAACUCAGAAGAAGGAAAGGAUGAAGAGCCUAGUCCUGGAACCGGUGUCACUAGAGUCCAAAUCCGCUUGCCAACCGGAGCUCGUUUUAUCCGAAGAUUUUAUGAGACUGAUCUUGUUCGCAGGGUUUAUGCAUACGUCAAAGGAAAUGCAGAAGGAGCUGAGUCUCAACCAUUUUCUUUGACCUUUCAGCGUACAAGCUUAUGGAAUUCCUUGGAUAAAACCAUCAAAGAAGCAGGUAUACAAAACGCGGCGCUUCAGUUUGAAUUCCAGUAA